AUGACAGUGAGCCCAAGUCUCCAUGCUAUUGUCAAUCAAGUAUGGAAAGGGUAUGACGACGUUCGCAUGGACGGUUUUCCAGCUGUCUCAUCCAAACUGAAAUUGGGAGUUUCCUCACUGGUGCGCGAGGUUAAAAGUCUCAACCGCUCCUAUCGUGAACGUGGUAGUGGCACACUCUUUGGUGAUGACUCGGUAUGUUCAACUAUUCACAUAAACCACGGUAUUAAGGUUGACGACCAAAAUCUCAACACAAUUUGUCCAUACUGCUUACCACAAGAAGACGGAAAACAGGGAACCGAUCGUAAUGGGAUUUUCGCUCCAAGGCUAACAGUGCGCCUUGAGAGACGAAAGAAACCAACAACGAGCUGGUAUCGGCUCAAUGUGUUCGACGCUGAUUCGCAGCAGAAUUCUCCUGCUUUGACGCAAGAUACAGCAGAAGACAUUUGCGUGUCGUAUGUAAGUCCUUUGGUGCUGCGUCGUGAGGUCGAGACACUUCUUGCUGCAGAUUUGUACGCAUUAAAGGAUCCACAGAUUAUGACAAGCCAUCCUGUCGUUUUCUGGAAUCUGGUAUUUUACCUGCGACGCCUUUCGCUGCCGUCUCAUCUCUACAUGUGGAUAUCACCACGGGCGCAUGUAAGGUGUGUCUAUGAUCGUCCUCUGGAUCACGUUGGUCCCGCUCCUCUCUACUUGGUGAAUCCAAAUCAUAAGUUUGCGUCGCAAGAGAUGAGUCGUUCGCUUCCUGUUUGGAAAAAUGUAACUCAAUCAGUGCAAGACAACAGGCUUUUUACUGCGAUCCAAACCCUCAUCAACGAUAGCCGAAGAGUGACCGAAAAUGGACAGAUUGCGUUAGGUCCCCACUUCCCAGUAUUCAGGGAUAUACAAUUCGCGAGCUUGGACGUGUUUGGUCGUGCUCUUUUGAGGGACAGCCUGGAUAAGCAAUAUGUUGAGGAGUACCAAAAACUUCCACCUCGUAUCAUGUGCAUCAUGCCGCACCAAGACAGACCUCAGAGUCCCGUGCAGCGUGCCUGUCGUAAAGUUUUCCUUCCACUGGAUCUGUUCUGA